AUGGAGUCAGCCUUGAGUCUACAGGUCACCUUGGCCCCCCAGGCACCGAUUUUGGAGGCACAAGCAGCAUCUCCCCUACCGAUCAAGGUCUCCGUUCACAAUGCCGCUGAGUGGCCAGUCACCAUACUGAGAUGGGGUUCACCACUGGAUCCUCAGGCCGGGGUUCUGGGAGUCUUCGAGGUGUCUGAUACUACAGACCAACGGAAAUUAUCGCUUCCCACCAUCAUGGUGUCACGCAAGUUACCAGCCUCCGAGGCAGAUCUCGUCGAGAUACGAGCGGGUGAAACUUUGGACCUCACGGUCAAAUUGCCGGUACCGGGUCUCGAAAAAGGCCAUGACUAUGCUGUGCGUGCACAGGGAACCUGGCAUGCUGUGUGGCCGACUGAGUUAUCGAGUAUCACUACAUCCCAACUCAAAGACAACGGGGGCGCAAAUCGUGGAGACUUCCGUUCCAAUGAGUCGCAUGUGAAGAUUGAAUGA